AUGGUAGGAAGAUUUCCUGAAGAAAAUGGGUCAUGUAAGGUUGUCAAAGAAGAGGGGCUUGCUACCGCCAUUUCACCUGCUGAGGGUGCUGAAGGCAGACCAGGAGCUUCCAAGGAAGAGGGGCGUCCGAUCACCAUUUCGCCUGCAGAGGGCGCUCUGCUCAAACCUGGAGCUCCCAAGGAAGGAGAACUUGCGAGCGCAGCUGGGCCUGCGGGUGCAGAAGGCAGACCUGGAGCUCCCAAGGAAGGAGAACUUGCAACCGCCGUUGGGCCUGAGGGUGCAGAAGGCAGGCCUGGAGUUCCCAAGGAAGGAGAACUUGCGACAGCCGUCGGGCCUGAGGGUGCAGAAGGCAGGCCUGGAGUUCCCAAGGAAGGAGAACUUGCGACCGCCAUUACGCCUGAGGGUGCAGAAGGAAGACCCGGAGUUCCCAAGGAAGAAGGGCUUGCUGCCGGUGUUAGGCCCUCCCCUGGAUUUCCUGCUCCUGCUCCUGGUGCAGAGCGCUCACCUGCAGUUGCUAAGGAGGAAGGACUCGCUGCCGUUACUGAACCCUCACCUGGAGCUCCUAAGGAGAAAGAACGCGCUGCCGAAGUUGCUGGACCCACACCUGGUGUACCUCCUUCUACUACUGAGCGCUCACCUGAGGUUGCUAGGGAAGGACUUGCUGCCGCCGCUGGUCCUGCUGCCGGUACUGACCGCUCACCUGGUGUUCCCGUUCCUUCUUCUGAUCGCUCGCCCGGAGCUCCCAAGGAAGAAGCUGAGGCUGUUCGGGCACCAAGAACCGCUAGAGCAGCUGCCGGUAUGCCAGAUGAAGGAGAACUCAAAACGGCUACUCCAAUGGAGCCUGAAGAAAGAGUUGCCACUGCUUUCGCCCCCGAAGGCGUCGAGGGCAAACCGGGAGCUCCCAAGGUAAUUUUCCCAGACAGGCGACUGGGUUCUCACCGUUCUCUAAGCAGACGGGAGAUGUACUCGAAAACGAAGGAAUGA